AUGAUUAUGAUAAAACAUUAAAAAUUUGAGAAUUCAAAAUUUCAAAUUCAGAUAUUAAUAAUAAAUUAUUCAAAGAUGAACAAAAUGAUAAGAUUCAAUGUAACUAACUCUUUAAGAAAAGAAAUAAGUUUAAUUUUUCUUGAAAUUUUGCAGCAGUAGAUAUAGAUAGAAUUGUCUUAACAGCUCAAACGUAAUUUGAAGCAUAAAAUGAUAAUCCUGCUUUUGAAACUGAAGAUAAUUGUGUUUCAAGAAUCAAAAUUGAAGUAAGAUUCUGCAAUGAGUAAAUCUGUUAAACUUAAUUGA